AUGGCAGCGGGACCAAUUUCUGAGCGAAAUCAAGAUGCCACUGUGUAUGUUGGGGGUUUGGAUGAGAAGGUGGCUGAGCCAUUGCUGUGGGAGCUUUUUCUGCAAGCUGGUCCUGUAGUCAACACGCAUAUGCCUAAAGACAGGGUUACUGGUCAACAUCAGGGUUACGGUUUUGUGGAGUUUCUCAGUGAAGAGGAUGCUGACUAUGCGAUCAAAAUUAUGAAUAUGAUUAAGCUCUAUGGCAAACCCAUUCGAGUUAAUAAAGCCUCUGCACACAAUAAAAACCUGGAUGUGGGUGCAAACAUCUUCAUUGGAAACCUGGACUCGGAGAUCGAUGAGAAACUGCUCUAUGACACAUUCAGCGCCUUUGGUGUGAUCCUUCAGACACCAAAAAUAAUGCGCGACCCAGACACGGGCAACUCCAAAGGUUAUGCGUUCAUCAAUUUUGCCAGCUUUGAUGCAUCAGAUGCUGCAAUUGAGGCUAUGAAUGGGCAGUACCUGUGUAACAGACCCAUCACAGUGUCAUACGCCUUCAAGAAAGAUUCCAAAGGGGAACGGCACGGCUCAGCUGCAGAGCGCCUCCUCGCUGCCCAAAACCCGCUAUCUCAGGCUGACAGGCCACAUCAGCUGUUUGCAGAUGCUCCACCACCACCGAGCGCUCCAACACCAGUCCUCACUGCCCUGGGAGCUGCAAUGCCCAUACCUGGAAUGCCACCUCCUGGUGCUUUUCCUCCUGUUCCUCCUCCGGGUUCAAUGCCUCCAUCAAUGCCCCCGACCAUGCCCAUGCCUCCAAGUGCUGCAACACCGGGUCCACAACCUGCCGGCGGCGGGCAUCUACCUGGACCACCACCCUUCCCGCCUGGCAGCAUGCAUCCAGGCAUGCCUCAGAUGCCCAUGCCCCCUCCUGCUCCUCCUGGCAUGGUGCCCCCUCCUCCUGCUCCUCCAGGUUCAACUCAACCCCGGGCGCCACCACCCCCUGGUUUACCACCACCGCCUCCUGUCGGCAUGCCACCCAGAGCACCGUACGGGCCUCCCAUGGGUCCCCCUGUUCCUCCAGGAAUGAGAGGACCUCCUCCUAUGCCUCCACCUGGCUAUGCUGCUGGUCCUCCUCGGCCUCCUCCCUUUGCCUUUCAGAGAGGACCGCCAUUACCACCAAGACCGCCUGGUGCACCUCCCCGUGUUCCUCUGGGGGCACCAAUGCCACCAUAGUCUGAAAA